AUGACGAAGUUAUUGGAAUGGAUUUCUGUGGCGUCUGCUGUUUUUGCAGUGUGGUACUCUCUAAUUGGCGGCUACGUCAAGAAUCCGUUGAUAGAUAAAUACAUGAAUUUUAUAAUAGUAUCUCCAAUUUUGUUAGUGAUGUUAUUCGGUUUGUACGCGGUGACUGUGAUACUUUACCGAGUAUUUACGUUUAACAACUGCGAAGAAGCUGCAAAAGAGUUACAAGAAGAAAUAAUUGAAGCAAAAAAGGACUUACUCGCGAAAGGAAUCAAGUGA